AUGAUCUAUGACUUCCGCUCCAUCCCCGAGUGUGAACGCUCUCCCUCAUUCGACAUACCGGGAACAACACGCCGCCACGUCCCCAUUUUUAAAGACCAGGACGCAAGCCCCGAAGGCCUUGCGCUCCGCUAUAAGAAUUAUGCCUCCUCGGACGGACCUCGAGGGUUUGUGCGCGCAUACGCGGAGAUAUUGAGGGCGGGGGCUGCGGGUGGCGCGUUUCGUGCCGUGUUCGAACAUAUCCGGGACAGGUCUGAAGAACCAUUAUUAUUCCAUUGCUCAGCCGGAAAGGAUAGGACAGGCGUAUGUGCCGCGCUGAUUUUGCGGAUCGCAGGGGUCCAGGAUGACGAGGUAAUUGGGCGAGAAUAUGAGCUCACGGAGGCUGGGUUAGGUGGAUUGAGACAACAGUCUAUCGAUAGAGUGCUAGCUCAUCCGGCCUUUGAUGGCAGCAGGGAGGGCGCCGAGAGGAUGGUUUCAGCAAAGGCGGCGGCAAUCAUGGCGACAAUGACUUGGGUGGAUGAGAAAUAUGGCGGAGCUGAGGGGUAUUUGAGGAACUGCAUGGGAUUUAGCGAUCGGGAUAUUGCUGCAAUAAAGAAAAAUUUGAUUAUACAGGAGCGGGCGAUCCUCUAA